AUGGCUCAUACUUCUCUUCUGAUGUUGAUAAUGGGAGAGUUGGAACCUUCAGAGGGUAAAAUUAAGCACAGUGGAAGGAUUUCCUUUUCCCCUCAAGUGUCCUGGAUCAUGCCUGGAACUAUCAAAGAAAACAUCAUCUUUGGUGUGUCCUAUGAUGAGUACAGAUAUAAGAGUGUCAUCAAGGCCUGUCAACUUGAAGAGGACAUUUCAAAGUUUCCAGAGAAAGACUAUACAGUCUUGGGGGAAGGUGGAAUCACCCUAAGUGGAGGUCAACGAGCAAGAAUCUCACUAGCAAGAGCAGUGUACAAAGAUGCUGAUUUGUAUCUCCUGGAUUCUCCUUUUGGCUAUUUAGAUAUGUUUACAGAAAAGGAUAUAUUUGAAAGUUGUGUUUGCAAGUUAAUGGCCAAUAAAACUAGAAUCCUGGUCACCUCAAAGCUGGAACAUUUAAAGAUAGCUGACAAAAUAUUAAUUUUACAUGAAGGGAGCAGUUAUUUCUAUGGAACUUUUUCUGAACUUCAGGGUCAACGCCCUGACUUUAGCUCAAAAUUGACAGGAUUUGAUGCUUUUGACCAGUUCAGCGCAGAAAGAAGAAACUCAAUUCUGACUGAAACCCUCCGACGGUUUUCUAUUGAUGGAGAUGGGGCUGGCUCACGAAAUGAAGCGAAGAAGCAAUCUUUCAAACAAACUUCAGAUUUCAAUGAAAAAAGAAAAAACUCUGUAAUUAUUAAUCCACUUAAUUCUAGCAGAAAGUUCUCUAUACUACAAAAAAACUCAGCACAUGUUAAUGGGAUAGAAGAAAGUCAUGGAGAUCCAUCAGACAGAAGACUGUCACUAAUACCUGAUUCUGAACAAGGAGAGGUAAUUCUGCCUCGCAGCAAUAUACUAAACACAGGUCCACUGUUGCAUGGACGGAGAAGGCAGUCUGUACUGAACCUGAUGACACACACUUCAGUUAUCCAGGGCCAAAGCUUUUACACAAGAGGGACUACACCAAUACGUAAAACAUCAAUGAUCCCCCAGUCAAAACUGUCUUCUGAGAUAGAUAUCUAUACUAGACGUUUGUCUCAAGACAGUGUCCUGGAAAUAAGUGAUGAAAUUAACGAAGAAGAUUUGAAGGAAUGUUUUAUGGAUGAAUCAGAAAACAUAAAUGGUGUUACUACAUGGAAUACAUAUUUCAGAUACAUUACCAUCCAUAAAAACUUGAUUUUUGUCCUAGUUUUUUGUGCUGUUAUCUUUUUAGCUGAGGUAGCCGCUUCUCUUAUUGGGUUGUUGUUUCUCAAGCAACAGUUUCCAGGUACAAAUACAACAGACAGGAGAAACACCACAUCUCAUGUGCCUGGUGAUGGCCCUUCAGUAAUCAUUACGAAAAGUAGCUUUUACUAUGUCUUUUACAUUUAUGUGGGAGUGGCAGAUACCCUGCUUGCCUUGGGAAUUUUCAGAGGUAUACCACUGGUGCAUACUCUUAUAACAGUGUCUAAAACUCUCCAUCAGAAGAUGUUGCAUGCUGUUCUUCAGGCACCUAUGUCAACAUUCAACACUUUGAAAGCAGGAGGAAUACUUAACAGAUUCUCAAAAGAUACGGCAAUAUUGGAUGACAUACUGCCUCUUACUAUAUUUGACUUUAUUCAGUUAAUACUGAUUGUGAUUGGUGCUAUAACAGUAGUCUCAAUAUUAGAACCCUACAUCUUCCUGGCAUCAGUGCCUGUGAUAGGAGCCUUUGUUAUGUUAAGGGCAUACUUCCUCCACACUUCUCAGCAGCUGAAGCAACUGGAAUCUGAAGCCCGGAGUCCAAUUUUCACGCAUCUUGUUACAAGCUUAAAAGGGCUAUGGACGUUAAGAGCUUUUGGGAGACAACCAUACUUUGAAACUUUGUUUCACAAAGCUCUGAACUUGCACACAGCACACUGGUUCCUCUACUUGUCCACACUGCGCUGGUUCCAGAUGAGAAUAGAAAUGAUCUUUGUCAUCUUCUUCAUUGCUGUGACAUUCAUCUCUGUUAUAACUGCAGGUAAAGGAGAACCCAAAGUUGGCAUUGUUUUAACGUUAGCCAUGAAUAUUAUGAGUACCUUACAAUGGACUGUGAAUUCAAGCAUAGAUGUGGACAGUCUGAUGCGAUCUGUAAGACGUAUAUUUAAAUUUAUUGACAUGCCAACAGAAGAAACAAAAGGUAUUAAGCCAACAAAGGAUGACCAACUGUCAGGAGUCCUCAUAAUUGAAAACAAGCAUGCAGAGGAAGAGAAGGUCUGGCCAUCUGGAGGCCAAAUGAUAGUGAAGGACCUCACAGCCAAGUAUACUGAUGGAGAAACUACAGUAUUAGAAAAUGUUUCCUUUUCAAUAAGUCCUGGACAGAGGGUCGGCCUUUUAGGAAGAACUGGCUCAGGGAAAAGCACUUUGCUUUUUGCCUUUUUACGGCUUCUGAAUACAGAAGGGGACAUUCAAAUUGAUGGCGUCUCUUGGGACACAAUCAGUGUCCAGCAGUGGAGAAAGGCAUUUGGAGUUAUCCCACAGAAAGUGUUUAUAUUCUCUGGGUCAUUUCGGAAAAACUUGGAUCCUUAUGGACAAUGGACUGAUGAAGAAAUAUGGAAAGUUGCAGAUGAGGUUGGACUGAAGUCUGUAGUAGAGCAAUUUCCUGGCCAGCUUGAUUUUGUUCUUGUGGAUGGUGGCAGUGUCCUCAGUCAUGGGCACAAGCAAUUGAUGUGUCUUGCCAGAUCAGUUCUCAGUAAAGCUAAAAUCCUGCUGCUUGAUGAACCAAGUGCUCAUUUGGACCCCAUAACCUUCCAAGUGAUUAGGAAAAUACUUAAACACGCAUUUGCAAAUUGCACUGUUAUACUCUCUGAACACAGACUAGAAGCAAUGUUGGAGUGCCAGCGAUUUUUGGUAAUAGAAGACAAUACAGUGAGGCAGUAUGAGUCAAUCCAGAAACUGCUGAAUGAAAAGAGUUCCUUCAGACAGGUGAUCAGUCAUGUUGAUCGCCUUAAACUCUUCCCUAUACAUCGCAGAAACUCAAGCAAGCGCAAAUCUCGGCCCAAAAUCACUGCUUUGCAAGAAGAGACAGAGGAGGAAGUACAAGAGACCAGACUGUGAGGAAGACUAGAAACACUUCUAAAAAAAUUAAAUAUUGGGGAAAUUGAAGUCGAGAAAAGUGAGACCAACGCUGCGGACACUGCAGGGGCAAGCCCAUGAUCAAAUUUUCAGGAGGCAUUAAACGGAGCUGUCUACAAGGGUAUAUGGAAACGGCUACCCUCCAAAGGUUAAAUUGUGUGUGAGGCAUUAAAUACCCUUGAAGAUUUACCACUUGCUGUGGUAAGCCAUGCUUCCUUUGAAAAGCUGCUUUACUUUGGUACUCACUCAAUGAUGGGAAGAAUUAGGAACCUGUUUGGAUCAAUAUAGGAAAACUUUAAAAACCUUUAUUCCCUGUGUUUCAGGGAAGGGGAUGGGCACUGAAGAAAAAGGUGGCAGAUGGGAAUGUUAAAACAUAUCAGACUUGGGUACAAAACACUAACUGCAAAGUAGUAAACUGAUUGUGGGGUUACUUCCUGAAAACAGGAGGAGAGAAAGUCAGCAGCAAUGCACUUCAAAUACUUCCUGUUCCUCAUUUUUCAUCUGAUUACUGUAUUUCAAAACCACAGAAAAGGCGAAAUGCCCUUUCACAACAGUGCACAGCAAGCAUGCAUGAGAUAAUGAAGGAAAAGAGGAUGUUUGCCUGUGAGUCAGUCAACAUCCGUCAAGUCCCAGCAGUUAAAGAAAGAUGAUGAGAGGGGGAGUUAGUAUUUCCUGUUGGAAGCCAGGAGAGUCUGGCCAAACCCUGCAAACCUUUAUUCCUGGGCAUAUGAAUAUUAGCAUAAGCAGCAGGACUCCUGCUCGUAGGCCAGUCUGUAUGUUAGGUCAGGCACCUUGACAUGCUUGUACUGUAGUUUGUAUGAAAAGGAGAGGGA